GAUGAGUGUGUCUCCUGUGGAUAGUGUCCAGCAUAAGGUUAUUUCAGGGAAGAAGAGAAUUAUGGUGUGCGGCGGUGCAGGCUUCAUUGGCUGCCAUCUUUGCACUCGCCUAGUGGAAAUGGGUCAUGAUGUAAUCUGCGUUGAUAACCUGUUGACGGGCUCGAAGGAUAACAUCCGAUCAUUUGCGCUGAUUAACGCUAGUCCAACUUCGAUUUCAUUCUUCACGACAUUCGUCAUGGACGAGAUCUACAAUCUUGCGUGCCCUGCUGCUCCUAUUCACUACCAGACAUACCCGAUCAAGACGUUCGAGUGCUCUGUGUUGGGCAUCAUGAAUCUGCUUCAGCUGGCGCGUGACACGGGCUGCCGCCUGCUUCACGCGAGUACCAGCGAGGUUUACGGUGAUCCGUCCGUCCAUCCUCAGCGAGAGGACUACCACGGAAACGUGAACCCGAUCGGUCCUCGCUCGUGCUACGACGAGGGCAAGCGUGCUGCGGAGUCGAUCAUGUUCGACUACUACCGCAUGUACAAUCUGGACAUCCGCGUGAUCCGCAUCUUCAACACGUACGGACCGUUCAUGCACCCCUACGACGGCCGCGUGGUCACCAACUUCAUCCGCCAGGCGCUGCGCGGCGAGGACAUCACCAUCUACGGCGAUGGCAGCCAGACGCGCAGCUUCCAGUACAUCGAUGAUCUCAUUGACGGAAUGAUCCUGAUGAUGGAGAAGGACGGCAUUACCGGGCCGUUUAACCUCGGGAAUCCCGUGGAAUUCACGGUGAAGGAGCUGGCGGAGAAGGUCGUGGCGAAGACCGGGAGCAAGAGUCGCAUCGUGUACAUGUCGCUGCCGAAGGAUGAUCCGUGCAAGCGAAGGCCGGACAUCACGCGAGCCAAGGAGGAACUCGGAUGGGAACCGAAGGUUCAGCUCGACCAGGGAUUGGACAAGGUGAUUGACUACAUGCGAAAGAUCGAUUGGGACAGGGUGCGACUUCCGAACCUUGUGAACAACAUGGACACCAUCAUGAAGCCCAAGAUUUAAGAAUGUCUUGGAAAGCGUGGGACCGGACAAGAAGCGUCUGCUUGCUAGUGUGGAAUCCGGUUUGAACU